GUAGAUAAUCCUGUUGUGCUGCCGUGGUUUCACCUCCGUGCGAAAUAUUAAAUCAUCGUCAACUUUUAUCUCAAGUUACUGUAGUAUUCCGGCAAACGUUAGCAACAACGUUAGCAACCUGGCGUUUAAGUUAGCCUCUGGAGCUAAUGAGUUUGCCAGCUAUUAUUACCGUCAACUACCGAGCUUGCUGCUGUUAACUAAAUAGAGACCAGGGUUGCCUGACAAGCUUAGUUAGUUAGCGCACAGUAAGAGUUAUCUGAAAGCUCUCUAACCAUUAAGCAACAAGAGAAACCGAAGUAGGCCGGUUAGUUUAUUUAGCUUAAAUGUUGACUCUCCGUCUGGCUAAGUAACGUCAGUGUGCUAACCGUAACUCGGGGCCUAAGGGUGUCAAACCAGUUAUCUCUGAUCAAAUUCAGCCACAAAUCUGACGUCGUGUGCUGUAGUAAUAAUAUAACGAAACUAGAAAAAGUGUACAGAUUAAAUAGUUCACAUAGGGGAGACUGUAUUACUUUGGCCCUACACAAAGAGCCUGUAGUGCUAAAGUCCAGCAAUGAAUAAGAUUUCCUGGUUGCGGUGGAGGUGAGGAAGCAUGGGGUGGAAAUCUGAGGUGUCGAGGCGAACGUGAUGACGGCAUGGUCCAUGGUGGAGAAGCUCAAAAUGGAAAAACGCCCAUGCAGGGAGGAGAACAUUGACUCAAGCGAGGCCCAGCAUGCCACUGAUGAGUCUGAGGAUGGAAGCAGCUCGGAAAGCGAAUCUGAGGAGCAGCAACACCUGAAGGUUCAGGUGAACAACAACAGCUGUAAGAGGAGGGAGCCUUUGGCUGCCACAAAACCCCACCGCCAGCUCUGUCGCUCUCCAUGCCUGGACCGGCCCAGUUUUUCCCAGAGUAGCACCGUGCAAGAUUUUCGUGAGGAUGACACCAGCGCAGGAGCAGGGAUCAAGCAUGCCAGUGACAAGGAGUACCAGACGAAGAUGGAAUUUGCUUUGAAGUUGGGCUAUUCGGGAGAGCAGGUGGAGACGGUGCUCAACAAGUUGGGGGCUGCUGCUCUUAUUAAUGAUGUGCUCGCUGAGUUAGUAAGGCUUGGAAACAAAGUAGAGCCUGAAAUUCAACCUUGCAGCAGUACGGCCACAUCAGUAUCACGCUCGCCCUGUGUUAAAGAGACUGUUAGUCCAGAGGUGUCAGUGGAAGAGGAAUCUGUGGAUACCUAUGAUAACCUCAGGCCUAUCGUCAUUGAUGGCUCAAAUGUGGCAAUGAGCCAUGGGAACAAAGAGGUGUUCUCUUGCCGUGGUAUCCAACUUGCUGUUGAAUGGUUCCUAGAGAAAGGACAUAAAGACAUCACUGUGUUUGUCCCAGCCUGGAGAAAGGAGCAGUCAAGGCCUGACGCCCUCAUUACAGAUCAAGAAAUAUUACGCAAGCUGGAAAAAGAGAAGAUCCUGGUUUUCACCCCGUCUCGGAGGGUUCAAGGCAGGAGAGUGGUGUGCUAUGAUGAUCGCUUCAUAGUGAAGCUGGCUUAUGAUUCUGAUGGAAUUAUUGUGUCAAAUGACAACUACAGAGACUUGCAAAACGAGAAGCCAGAGUGGAAGAAGUUCAUAGAGGAGCGUCUCCUCAUGUACUCAUUUGUCAAUGACAAAUUUAUGCCGCCUGAUGAUCCACUGGGACGACACGGUCCAAGCUUAGAAAAUUUCCUUCGCAAGCGUCCUGUUGUUCCAGAGCACAAAAAACAACCUUGCCCCUAUGGGAAAAAGUGCACAUAUGGACACAAGUGCAAGUACUACCAUCCGGAGCGCGUCAACCAGCCGCAGCGAUCAGUGGCUGAUGAACUGCGGGCCUUUGCCAAAUUGUCUGCGGUGAAGACAAUGAGUGAGGGGGCUUUAGUAAAAUGCGGUACUGGUCCAACGACUGUAAAAGGGGACAUCAACUCUGAGGCCAAACGCGUGGCACCCAAACGUCAGUCUGACCCCAGUAUUCGUUCAGUGGCCUGUGAACCUCCAGAAGCACUGUCCGUUGUUCGGAAGUCUGAGACAAAUUCAGUGCCUUCCCUUGUGUCUGCUCUCAGUGUGCCCACCAUGCAGCCCGCCAAGAGCCACGCAGCUGGGGCCUUGAACACCCGAUCAGCCAGCAGCCCAGUGCCAGGUUCUUUGCAGUUCUCACACAGUUCUCUGGAGCACAUGUCUAGUGUACAGUACCCGCCUAUUUUGGUGACUAAUAGUCAUGGCGCCUCUGUUACAUACAGUGAACAGUUCCCAAAGUAUGACUCAGUUAGCGACCAUGGGUAUUAUUCACUGCACAGUGAUUUUUCAAACAUGAGCAUGAGCAGCAUGCAUAAUGUCGACAGUUUCUGUAGCAUGGAGCACGAGCAUGGUGUGUAUCAGAGAAACCCCAGCCACUGCCCUGAAUCCUGCCUCAGCCAUUCAAACAGCGACUCAUUCUCCUCUUACGGGGACCUGUACCCAAGCUCUGUGGACAGUAGCUUAGAGGAGAGCAUGAAGGGGCAGCAGCAGUCUCCCGCACAGGCUAGGAUGCAAGCUUUCUCCCAUGGGUUUCGUCAUGAAGCACUGACUAGGGUACAGAGUUAUGGACCAGAGGAGCCCAAGCAGGGCCCCCGUAAGCAGUCUGGAGCUCAUCUAGCGCCACAUAUCCAACAUGCUGCAGUGGGGGCCAGGUCCAGUUGCCCUGGAGACUAUCCCCUCACUCAGAAUGUCCUCCCACCUCUGUCCUCACAGCCCACUCGCUCUCUUGGCAUGACUCGUAUGGACAGCGUAUCAGAUUCAAGGCUAUAUGAUAGCAACCCAAUGAGACAGAGGCGACCUCCACUGUGCCGCGAGCAGCAUGCAAGCUGGGACCCUCUGCCUUGCGGUAAUGAGUCCUACGGAUAUCACUCAUAUCCUCUGAAUAACAGCUUGAUGCCGUGUUGCGAGAGGGUGAUGGUACGCAGCAUGCCAGACAAAAUGGAACAAAUUUGGAACUCGCCAUGGGAGACCCCAUCUGCAGCUGAACACCAAGAGCGGUAUGUCAUCCCAGACCACCAGUAUCAAACAUAUCGGAACCUUUGUAACAUCUUUCCUGCUUACGUAGUCCAUUCAGUAAUGGAGAAGAACCCUCAUUUGACAGACCCCCAACAACUUGCCGCUGUCAUCGUUACAAAACUGAGGUCAUGCCAUUGAGGGGUUAUUAAACUUUCAAAAUCGAAGUGAUAAGGGAAAUAAGCAUUUUGAUUGCAAAGAUAGGCACUUGUUAAAUGUUGCUGCAUGUGCAACACCUGCUCUCAGGAGUUAAUCAUUUUUUAAAUGUCUCUGAUGCAAAAUCUGGCUGUCAGGUUUUACAUCGCUAAGAUGACAUAGAAGUAAUCAGCAUAGAGGAAGUUUGUCUGAUCAGCUUAAGUAGAAUUGUAAGAUGUUUCACAUAUGAAGGCUACAUUUUUAUAUGAAGUGUGGCGCACAUGAUAUAAGGUAACAACUUACGUACAACACAUUCAUAAUACCUGAGCAGGAGCUGCAUAACAGCUUUGCACCAUAUCCAUGAUUAACUGAGCUGUUUAUCAUCAUUUUAGUUUUGGACAAUAUAUGAAAUAGUUAAAUGUUCUUCAGAUCAAUGUAGAUUGUAUUUCUGCUGAUUUAAUUAAUUACACAUUAUCUAAAAGUCAUGAUGGUCAGCUGAUUAGCCAUCAUAAUCUUAACGUAAUUUAAAGACUAAUCUAAUUUGAACUAAUGUAGCUAGCUAGUGUAUUAUUGAACCUUAACCUUUCGUGAGUCAAUGUGAAUUAAGUGGAUUAAUAAACGGGUCAGCCACACAGUCAAGAUAGGAAAUAGUUACACUCCCACAUUUGCCUUAUUAAAUCUGACAUGAGUAUGUCAACAUUUGUGCACCAUGUAGCUUUUAUGAAGAUCUUGUUCAGGUCCUGUGAAUGUGUUAUGAAAGUGUUUUCUGGUGCAGUGGUACUAUAAAUAACCUUGCUUAGGUCUGCCUCUGCUGUAAAUAAUUCUUGUGACUUUUUUGUGCAUUUAUUUUAAAGAUAAGUAAGAGGGAGGUAAGUACAUACCUCACAGCAUGAACUCUGACAUUUAAUGGCCUUAUAUCUGAAUGACCUCACGCUUUAGUCGUCGUCUGAUCGGUUUCAAUGAAAGUCUUUAGUCGUUGAAGCCUCCUACUUUCAAAUGUAAAGCACUAUCUCAGUAUCUAAAGAGAUAUAUUUUCUCAGCCUCACUUAACAAAGCUACUAUUUUGGUAGAAUUUGACAGUGCACAAAGCAAGCCAAAAAGGAGAUUUGACUUGUGUAUAUAUGUGCACAUAUCUAUGUACAUAUAAUCACACAAAAGCCAUUAUUUCAAAGUCAUUUAUAAGCUGCUAAAUAAUGCCAAAAAAAGAAUUUAUAUAGUGUCAGUAUUCUACAUAACUUUACAUUUUGGUUCACACGAUCGAUUGGAUUAUAGUAUAAACUUAACAUCUGUGUUUGGAUGAUUUCCUAUGGUGUACUGUAUAGUUACCUUUCUGAUUUUAUUGGAUACUACGUCCUGGAUUUUCCUACUUCUAUAUUAGUCAAAUUUGUUGUGCUGAUUCUUUUCAGUGUGAAAAUAUUAGUAUCUUUGUUUCAAACACAGUAGCUCUAAUAAACUCCUUUGAGUUGUCAGUGGAGCAGUUUGUUUUCAGGAGCAGGCUUAUUUUGUUUCAAAGACUACUUUUACAUGCACUUAAGUUAGUCUGAUGAUUGCCAGCUUUUGUCAAUGACCUGAUUGCUGACAAAUAAAUGAGAAACUUAGUUUAAGGCAUUAAGAGAAACUUGGUUAACACAUCUAGAUUUCUGAUGGUAUUCGGUCAUUUAUACACUUUCUACAUGGUCUUUUUACAUGUGUUAAUGUGCAUGAUAGAGACCCAGAACAGGGAACACAUCAGUAAUCCAGCAGGAUGAAAGGAAAUGUUGUUACUAGUGCCCAGACUUCUUUGCAUGCAGUAUAAAUAAAUCCAAAGUCCAGUCUAUGAACAAACAUACUGAUAUCUCUAUCAUACAAUAAAAUGUUUACCAUCAGGCUAGUUUGUUGAAUUAGUCUGUUCAUACAGAUGCACAGUAGGAAUUUGUUCAAUUUACACUCAGUAACAAUCAAAAAAUGUCAGUGGGGCACCUAAUAAGCUUCCUCAAUAACAUACUGUAUUAGAUGCACUUAAAAUAUGGCAAAAUGCUGAAAUGCUUUCUGACUGACCAACUGCAUUUACACUUUUUUUUGUUUAAUUAAAUCUACCUAUUGCAGUGCAUCUAUAAAAUUUCAUGCUAUACCCUGAUUUCUGACAGUCACCUGGUUUCUUAUGUGCAUGUGAACGUAGCGAAACUUUGAUUUCACUGGGCUGUGAUGUGACUUGCGUAGGCCCAAGUUGUAGAAACGUAUCAUCAGAGGAGAUGGGAACAGUGUUUACCCUCACAGUUUAACGGUUUGCACAAGUAAUUCUAUAACAGACUGAAUAUUUACCUGGUGUUGCAUUUGUCAGAUAAAAUAUAAAAAUCUGCCUGUAACGAUCAGGCCCGCAAGCGAGUUCGACAUUGGACUCGUUUUGUGAUAUCUUGUAGAGUAUGAGGUUUAAUGUUUUUUUGUUUUUUUUUUAAAAAAAGAAGUGAAUGCCAGAAAGCAUGUUGAAGAUGAGAUAUAUUGUACUGUUUGGCUUUUUUUAUGGGAGACUGAAGUGCUCAAAUACAGAUGUACAGUACGCAUACAUGCAGCCCGUCUCCCAGGAUCAUGGAAGGGUUUGGCUGUGCCUUGCAGCACAUUGCUCUCAGGAUGCUUUCAGUUUUCUAAUUUUCAGUCUUUUUCCUGCCAAAAGAGUCUACUCUGAUCUAGUAGUGAUAUAUUUUGUGAAACUCCUACAUGUAACAUGUAGUACCUUAAAGUUAGUUAUGUACAGUUGAAACAUGGAGAUGGCAUUGCAAAACUUUGUACUUUUUCUGUAUAUCUUCGUUAUGCACCUUGAGUUUUUGGAACAGCGGGCUAAUAGGGUGGCUUUACGUGAUGCAGCUUUAGUCAGAUGUAGUAAUGUUGAUGUUCAUCUGGGUGCCCAAGACAAAAAAUGGGUGUUUAACUGCUUGAAGACCAUUUGAUUUCCCUAUAUUUUCAUGACAUGCUGAUUAUCUGGCAGGUGUUGAGUCAGUGAGCUUGAUUGGAUCUUUAAAUUAUACCCAUGAGCGAGACUUUCAUGCUCAUGACAGGAUGGAUUUCCUUGAUUUCAGUGAUUAAUAGCCUUUUUCUCUACCCCCACCCUCAGGAUAAAGUGCUACAUGAGACAUGCAGCUUAAAACUGCAGAAAGGUCAAACCAUGUAAAGCUAACCCUAUAGCGAGAUCAUGCUUUGAGUGCAUUUAAAGGGAAAUGCCACUUAAUUUCAGGAUUCAGGUAUGGUACUCCUAGGCCUACUCCGCCUGCUAUUGACCUGCAUGACUGAGAAAUUUACAGUUUAGUAUCACACGCCUGCAAAGAGAAGACAAUAAAACCUUGUUGUGACUGUAAUAACAAAAAAUGGAAAGGGGGACAGUUUAUUCUUUUUUGGUGGUUUUAUUAUUUCAAAAAAAUAAUUUAAAACACAGGGUGGAAGAGCUCAAACACAAAGUCCACAAAGUUGACUCUGUUUUGAUGACAUCACAGGCUUGGCUUUAGGAAAGUGUUCCUGCUUAUUGUCUAAAAGAAACUGUAUGAGAAUUUUUAAACUGAGUGGUAUUACUCUUUAACAGGGCUAAUUAUGUGAGCCUGACUUUGUCUCGUUGGUGGUGCUUCAAAAAUCUAUAUUUCUUUAUAAUGUUUAGGUACAACCAUGGUGUAUGAACAGACAUAAAGAAAAAAAACAAACAUUUGAAUGUGUUUUGCCCAAAUAGAUUUUGGGCUUUGCUGACUUUGUUUUUUCAUGAAAAAAGACAAGGCCACUUUAGGCCGGCUGUCUGUUCAUGAGAAGGUGAAACAAACUGCCUAAAUGUUUCUUCAUGUGAAACAAUCAGAUUGCAAGGCUGCUGUCAAGGUUGUUUCUGGCAUUUGGCUAAAAGUUUGCGUGCCGUCCUUUUCCUCCUUGAGGUAGUUGAACUGUCAUAGAUUUCAAGAAUUAGUGCAAAAAGUAGGCCAUCACUAAUAAAACUAAAAACAUUACUCUGAUUUCUAAUUGAGAAACAAAUUCAAGAUCAUCUGUGUAGACUUACAUAUGGUUCUUCGUGACAGCAAGAUCUCCUUGAACCUGAACGCUGGACUAGUCCAUUGCCCUGAUGAACUCAGAGUACAUUUUCUUAGAUUGGUAAAGGAAGUAGUACUUUUAUAGGAUACACAAGACAAAUCAACCAUAAUGAAAGCAGUCAGGGUUUAUUAUAGUGUUUUGUAUUCAGUGUUGGAAAUCUUAUGUUCAGUAUCAACAAGUAAAUGAUGAUGAUUGAAUGACAUUCACAGUCAUCUAUGACACUGCAGAUUUACAGCGCAUAAAAUCAAUGUGAAAUCAAUCAUUUAAAGUUGGACAGAUCUCAUUAUAUUGUCCUUAAAUCUAGUUAGUUUGUGGUUUUAUGAAGACGUGCAUACAUGAUUGAACUUGAACUGUUCUCAAGCUUGUGUGUUACUAUAUCUGGCAAAGUGUCACAUGGCUUGCUCGCUGUCAUUAGAUAAAAUGCACUCAUGAACAGCGUGGGCUUAACAAGUAUUAGAGCAGAUUCACAUUUACAGCCCAGUGGCAAUUUAAUGCGUGACCAUAAUGUGGAAAUUUAUGGUACAGUAGCUGCUCUGAUCCAAAAGGUCAGACUCUGCUUUCAAAAAUCCCAUCUGGACAUUUUUGGACAUUUUCCACCCGUGAACAAAAGAGAAUGGAAGCUGAAAGAAAGAAAUGUAGCUGAUUUUGUCACUAUGUUUUUCAUCUAUUUUUCUUUCUCUAUUAGAGAUAUUUCAAUUUUAACUACUUCCAGAAAGACACUGUUUUCACUGGGCCAUAGACUACUCUCAAGCCAAAAAUAAAAAUCCCAUGAUCAUAAUAAAAAAGAUUUUCAAUGUAUCAAUGCAGUAUUUUACUACUUAGCCAAAAGGUAACACUAGAGGCCAGAAGGUGGUUUAUAGUCCCCACCCUCCCUUUGUAAGUGCCGCAAACAACUAAGCCACAAAUGUCUAGAAUUGACUUUUGCUUGUUGAUACAAAUUGUAUCUAUACCUUGAAUGUAACAAAAUAUGAAAUGUAUAAUAUGAAAAUAGUUUUAUUUAAAUAAAGGGGGAAAAAAAAUCAAUGCCAUAAUGUUCGUGACACUGUGUGUCACUGGGAGUAGCCCAUUGGUAUGUACUAAUUCUUACUGGGUACAGUAGUUAAUUUACAGGGACAUUAACGUGCUACCUACAAGUGCACAGAUACCCUGUGUACAGCAGUAAGCAUCAUGUCCUCUCUGUACAUAGUCACACGUGUGUGUGUAUAUAUCGAAGGCGAUCUGUAAAUGUAAAAGUAACAGUUACUUCAGUUGUUCAAAUACUUAGAUCAUUUCUGUGUUGUAACCUGUGCACCUUGGUUAAGUGCAUCUAUUUCCUCUGAAUUGACAUGUCUGCUUUAUGCUAUUUUAAUGGGAAUUUCAAUAUUUUUUAAUAUAUUUUUGCCUAAUAAAACAUGCCAAAGUUAUUCUUGGGUGGCUUUGUCAAACAUAAUUUCCAACACACGGGUUGUCAUGCAGUGAAUUCUGUAUUUCAGAGGACAAAGGAUUUCUUUUCUACAAACUAAGAGCAACUAACAUAAAACGCAAAUCUGUGUCUAACCUCACGGUUAAAAGCAUGAUACUGAAAUUUCAGUUUGUGGUGAUUGGCUGAUCUUUGGCAUCAGACGACAUCACCAUAUGUUUUACUUAAGUAGCAUCACCUGGUAGGAUGGACAACAGGCAGAUAGCACUUUCAGUUCACUGAACGCUGAAUUCAGUGCCAGUUUCUACUCAGAUUUGUGUUUGAUGUUUAACGCUCUUUCAAAAUAGAGAUUCUCUUUAAAAUUGGAAUUUACUGGAAUGUCUGGGAGUUGAUUUAGUGACUAACCCUGUAUGUUGAUAAAGCAGAGGUGUGUUGAAUUGUGAUUUCUUUUACUAUUGGAUUUUUCACCCAUUGUGAUCUAAUAAUUUUGGUAUCUGAGGCUAGUUUGCAUACUGUUGUUUGAAAUGAACAGUCUGUAGCUUUCAGCUGGCCCUUUGGAAAUUAGACUAGUGCUACUUUCAAGAUGUGCAAGACUGACUUUUUCAAUAUAAUAUUAACUUAAGUUCAGAGUUGGUUGGUAAUUGCUAAGAUCAAGACCAAAGGGAUUUUUGAUGCGUACACACUAUGUACCUGUAAUGAUGAUUGAAUAACACGCACACACAUGGUUAUGGUCAAAUGAUUGUGAACCUCUUGACUUCUUGCAGUUUGUGCUGCCACAUGAUUUAAAGAUGGAAUUGUUGGUGUACAGAGUGCCAUGACAAGAGGUACACACGUGACUGUACAUAUAUACAGUGUAAUACUCAGGUUAAAACAAACAUUUUAAAUCACAUACUUCGUCGUUUUCUAAUAUUGAAAAAUGGAGUGGUGGUCACAUUUCUGAAGUCGCAUAGGUCUCCUGUUUGAGUAGACCAUUGUGUCUGCAAUGUAAAAAGGGAAAAAUAAAGGUUUUUUUUCGUGUUGUGAUGAUCUGCAGUAUUGUAAUCCACACUGACUGGGAAGCAUUGCUUUUGUAGACCAAAAUAUACAAAAAUAGACUAUUUGGGUCUGUGGGCUCAAACAAAAUGUAAGUCUUAAUGACAAAAUGUGUUUCUCUCCAUAAAUAAAGCAGAAUUCUGUUCAAACUGUG